GAUGCGCUGUGUCCCUUGGACACAGCGGAUCACCGAUCACGGAAACAGCCGAAGAUGUCGGCUCGGUCAUGUGAUCAGCUGUCUCCAAUCACAGCUGAUCACAUCAGUGCCACCUGUCAGUGUCCAUCAGUGCCUUAUGUCAGUGCUCAUCAGUGCCUCGUGCCAGUGCACAUCAGUGCUACAUAUUAGUGCCUACCAGUGCACAUCAAUGCCACAUAUCAGUGCCCAUCUGAGCUGCCUUUCAGUGUCGCCCAUCAGUGCCAGUCAGCGCCGCCUAACAGUGCCAGUCAGCGCCGCCUAACAGUGCCAGUCAGCGCCGCCUAACAGUGCCAGUCAGCGCCGCCUAACAGUGCCAGUCAGCGCCGCCUAACAGUGCCAGUCAGCGCCGCCUAACAGUGCCAGUCAGCGCCGCCUAACAGUGCCAUGUAUCAGUGCUGCCUUUCAGCGCCCAUCAGUG